AUGGGGAAAAAAUCUUUUGUUAAGCUUGUGGUUGCAUCAGAUGCUGCCACCUCACCUGUCAUCAGUUUAUCAGGGAUUGACAAAAACAGAGCAGGAGUGGUGUUACAGUGUGAGUCUGCAGGCUGGUAUCCAGAGCCUGAGCUGCUGUGGUUGGACGGGGAGGGAAACCUCCUCUCUGCUGGACCUACAGAGACCCUCAGAGGUCCUGAUGACCUCUAUACUGUCAGCAGCAGAGUGACUGUGGAGAAGAGACACAGCAACAACAUCACCUGCAGAGUCCAACAGAAUAAAAUCAGCCAGAACAGAGAGACACACAUACAUGUUCCAGAGGAUUUCUUUGAGGUCCCAUCCAGUUCUCCCUCUGUCAUCAUCGGUUUGGCUGUUAGUUUGGCUCUUUGCAUCAUGCUGUUAAUUUCAUCAGCUGCUGUCCUUUUAUGUAGAAUGAAGAAACACAAGAACAACAGAAGCCCAGAGGAUCAGACUGACGGGGAAGGUGCUGAC